ACAAGGAAGUGUUGUGCCAAAUAAAAACAGGGGCGAGUCUGUCUUGUGUUUUUUUCUCCAGAGACGACUCCGUAACAACAUUUCACGCUCUUAUAAAGCACAGAGCUGAAGGAAGAGACGGACGGCUUCAGUAGUUUGGUAUUCAUUUAUGAAAAAUGGGUUUAAAUCGCUCGUUCCCGCUCGUCUUAUUGAAUUGUCUGCUAAUCUGCGUCACUCUGUGGAGCAACCCGAGCAGCGGUGUGUUUGCUAAAUCAUUCCGGAGACCUAACAUUGUUUUGAUCCUCACCGACGACUUGGACGUCGCCAUCGGGGGUCUGAGUCCACUCACCAAGACGAAAAAACUAAUUGGUGAUGCAGGGAUAUCGUUCACAAACGCAUUUGUUGCCAGCCCGCUGUGCUGCCCGAGUCGAGCCAGCAUCCUGACAGGGAAAUACCCCCACAACCACCACGUCAUCAACAAUACCUUAGAGGGAAACUGCAGCAGCAAAGUCUGGCAGAAGAGCGAGGAAGCACACACCUUCCCCGCACUGCUGAAGACGUACACCGGCUACCAGACCUUCUUCGCUGGGAAAUACCUUAACCAGUACGGGCACUCAGAGGCUGGUGGAGUGGCGCACGUUCCUCCAGGCUGGAACUACUGGGUCGGACUGGAGAAGAACUCUAAAUACUACAACUACACUCUGUCAGUGAAUGGAAAGCCUGAGGAGCACGGAGCAGACUACAGCAAAGACUACCUGACAGACGUCCUGGCCAACAGGUCUCUGGACUUCCUCCAGUAUAAAUCCAACUACCAGCCGUUCUUCAUGAUGGUGUCCAUUCCGGCCCCCCACUCCCCUUGGACAGCGGCUCCUCAGUACCAGAACAGCUUCAACAACACCAAGGCUCCCAGAGACCCCAACUUCAACGUCCACGGCAAGGACAAACACUGGUUGAUCAGACAGGCUAAAACCCCCAUGGCCAACUCUUCUGUUCAGUUUCUGGAUGAUGCUUUCAGGAAACGGUGGCGAACGUUGCUGUCCGUGGACGACCUGGUGGAGAAAAUAGUGAAGAGGUUGGAGGUCAGCGUUGAACUGGACAAUACGUACAUCUUCUUUACCUCGGACAACGGCUACCACACAGGUCAGUUCUCUCUUCCUCUGGAUAAGAGGCAGCUCUACGAGUUUGACAUCCGAGUUCCUCUCAUGGUCAGAGGACCAAACAUCAAGCCCAACCAGACCAGCCAGAUGCUGGUGUCCAACGUCGACCUCGGUCCCACCAUCCUGGACAUCGCCGGCUACAACGUCAACAAGACGCAGAUGGACGGCAUGUCCUUCCUGCCCGUUAUGGAGGGGAAGAUGAACAGCAGCAGCUGGAGAACCGACAUCCUGGUGGAGUACGAAGGAGAGGGCAGCAACGUGACGGACCCGGCCUGCCCUCUGCUGGGACCAGGAGUGUCGGAGUGUUUCCCAGACUGUGUGUGUGAGGACUCGUACAACAACACCUACGCGUGUGUGCGCACAGUCGCCCCCUCUGCCAACCUGCAGUACUGCGAGUUUGACGAUAAUGAGGUGUUUGUAGAAGUCUACAACGUGACAGCAGACCCCUACCAGCUGACCAACAUCGCAAAGACCAUCGACCAGGAAGUCCUGGAGAAGAUGAACCACCGGUUGAUGAUGCUGCAGUCCUGCUCUGGACAGUCGUGUCGGACACCUGGCGUCUACGAUCCAAGGUAUAAAUUUGACCCACGACAGAUGUUUACGAGCCACAGCUGGCGGCUCAGCAGACUCCGACAGUAGAUGAAGUGAGAAGAAGGACGGAGGGAGAGAAGGGCUGUAUUGUAUUUUUAUAUAUUCAGCCUUUCCUGCUAUAGUAGCCUUGUUUUCAGGCCUCCUGAGCCAGUCUCUUUGUAGAUGGAUGGAGAAGGGAUUGGGGGGGGAUUGCCAUAGAGACGGAGGCCUCUCUGGGUGCAGAACCCACCUUUUUAAGCUUCCAGAUUGGGCUGCCGUUUAGUGAGUUUGUCAGUGGGUGUGCAGGGAAAUUAUUCAGGAUGGAUUUACACUCGCAAGCCAUUAAUUCCUGUUUUCGUGUAAGCAUUAUUGUGUCCGCUCAGUCAGUCGUAUCAAUUUUAAAAUUCUUGAAACAAAUAUUUGACCCAGUUCUUAUAAAUCCAAGUCGGUUUUUUUUUCUCUGUUGAGAAAAUCAUAUCAAUGAUCCAAAACAGUGGCCAGGUUUUUUUUAUUUACUCGUCUGAAUACUGCUUGCUGGUGCGUUCGGAUGGUCCUCAAGAAUUUGUCAGAAGGUGAAAAUUGUCAAUCUUCGUUUCAGAGAAAGUGAUUAAUCUGAGCAAUUUCCAUGAUAUGCCUUUUGUAUAACCUCUCUUUUUGUUAACACAUUUACUGUGACACGCUGGACAGAAGUAACUUUUUAGAGAUUAUUUCCAUUAUUGAUCAAGCAGUUCACUAUUUCUUCUAUUGAUCAUUAAGCAUCGAAAAAUCAAAUAUAUGUCCAUCACAAGUUCACAAGUUUUUCAGAUGUGAGAAGUUUUGGCCAUUUUUAUUAAACCAAUCAAAAUUAGCAAUACCUUUGACAUUGAUUAUCCCUCGACUGUGUACGGCCUACGCUGCCAUCUUGCGCUGGUGACGGUCACAUGACCUGACCAAGGACGUCACGCUUCUGAUGCGGCUGAUAAAAUAAAUACUGAUCGGAGCGAUCACAGCCUGUCAACCGCAUAGAUCUGUAGUGUGAUAAUGAACUAAACACGACGAUAAAAAAAAAGGUCUGCGUUGAACCAAAGGUGAAGUCUGACCUGUGACAGUCGGCGAAGGAAACGCACGCUUGAAUUCAUCUGGAAUGUUGGCUUCAGAUUCACGGGACAGAUGUUUCAUGUGAUCUAGAAAUAAAAAAAAAUAAAGCGCCACCUACAGAAACUUUCUAAACAGGCAGUCGAACAGAAAACGUCUCAGACAUGACCGAGACCAAGGCCGACAUUUACCUACCCCCCCCACCUCCCAGCUGUCACUUCCACAGUCAACAACAUAUCAUGAACAAAAUGACCGAAUAGUUAUUAUACACUGGAAGCAGCCAACAUGUGGUGCGUGGUGGCUUUAAGGGAAAAAUUUGGACACAAAUUUUCAGAUUAUUUUUGUCACAAUAAAUCAGAUCAGAAUCA